AUGAAAGUUUGGUCAGUAGGAAAUGGCACUUCAAACAACGAUCUCAUUGGUGCGUGCAUUCCAAGGAUAGCAUGUGAUUUUGAGAGAUUAGUCUCUGGCCAGUUCUUCCUUCAACGCGUAGGAGUCGAACAACUUCAGCUCUUACUGCAAAGUCCUUGGAUAUGUGAUCAAAACGAAGUAACAAAAUUCAAGGCACUCUGCGUAUGGUUGAAUUCCUCGUCUUUGAAUUUCGAACGCACUAAACGCGAAAAGGACUUUGAUCGUCUUUUAGAGUUGAUCAAUGCAAAAAAAUUGCCUCGAGAUGUUGUAAUUGAAACGUGGGUAGAAUUGCCCCCAAUGCCAACACCUAGGUAUGCCACAGGAGCAGCACAUAUACCCGGAGUUGGUGAUUUAGUUGUUGGUGGUUGGACAGAUACUGGAGAUGAUAUACCAGCUGUCGACAACGCAGAAAUCUUUUUGACAAAUUCAUCGCCUCUUGGACAUGCAGGCAGUUGGUGUGAAAUCGCCCACAUGCUUCAUUCGAGGGCAUAUCCAAAAGCAGAAUUUUUCAAUGGAAAUGUAUACGUCGCUGGUGAUUGUGAGGAUUCAACUUCUUCUGUGGAGAUGUUGUCCUUAUUUUCUGAAGGACCUCCUCAGUGGACCGAAGUGAUCAACGCCUCUUUUAGUACGGAUUCGAUGAUCUCUUUUAAAGGGAGUCUUUUGUUUGCUAAGAGUCGUUGCUUAAAGGGUAUUUGUCAUUUUGUCGCAACGAAUGCUUCCAUUGUCAACAGCAAGGAAGUGUGGAUAAUUGCAGCUAGGAAAUUACAAUUUAUCAUUGGCCCACGGGGCAAGACUGAUGACUUCCUCAUAGAAGUCAACAUGGUGUACACGAAAACAAAGCGGAGUCGUGGAUAUGGCCAAAUGCAGAGAGGUUCAUACGAGGUAAGACACAGCAAUAGCAUUGAAGAAGUAAAGGUGCAGACACCACAUUGA